AUGGCCGAUGAAAACGUGACCGAAGAAGAGCAAAAUCGGCUUCGAAGGGCUGAAUUGAGAACAUGCACCGAUCCCCUGCGAAAACUGCAGUUGACGCUGCUCCUGCGUGGCUCCACCGGCAUCAAGGAGUUCGCCAGAAGCUUUCGAAUCCUGGACGACGAUGGGAAUAGGCAGCUGACGAUGGACGAAUUUUUGAAGGGAAUGCACGAUUUUCAGGUGCCCCUCUCCCCUGACGAGCUCGUGGUGCUGUUCAAGGUGCUCGACGCGAACGGCUCGGGCUCGAUUUCAUUUGACGAGUUUUUGGAGCAUUUGAGGCCCCCAAUGUCCGACACUCGCAAGAAGCUCAUCGAGGCGGCCUUCCGAAAAAUGGACCGACGCGGGGAUGGGACGAUCACGCCCGAUGAUAUGGUCGGAGUUUUCAACGCUAAAAAGCAUCCGAAAUACCUGUCGGGCGACAAGACGGAGGAGCAGAUCUUCAAGAUGUACCUCAGCAAUUUUGAGAUUGGCGGGCAUAAAGAUGGCAAGGUAACCCGGGAGGAGUUCUACAAUUACUACAACGCCAUCUCGGCCUCCAUCGACAAUGACUGUUAUUUUGACUUGAUGAUGAGGAAUGCUUGGAAACUA